GCCAAUAUGAAAGUGGCUCUUCAAACCACCAUCUGCUUGUGUGUUCUAGCCACAAUUUUACCUCUGGUGAAAGGCACCAAAGUUGGCCUGAACUACAACUUGAAAAAGAGAUUUAGAGGCUGGCUACCGAGUCGCUUGAGGGCAGCUCUCCACAGCAGCUCUGCCUUAGACUCAGGGAUCCUCAGUGGACCAGGGCAGAGAGAGGAGACGGACUCCUCUGUAUUUAAUUCCAGGUCCAGAAGAUCCAUUGUGACCUCAGUGAAAAGACCUGGCUGUUCUCUGGGAACAUGCACCCUGCAAAACCUGGUCCAUCGGCUGCACAUCCUCAACAACAGGUUAAAGGUCAACAGAGCCCCGGAGGAUAAGAUCAGCUCGCAGGGUUAUGGUCGCCGCCGCCGCAGGUCUCCCACAGCUCUAUGCUUUGCUAACUCUCCAUGCGGAGAGAUUGAGAUUGGGCUGGAGCAGCGAGAGGCGCUAAGGAAUCCAUCUACAGGCCACCCUGUUCAGACAAACUUGAGUCAGGCAGAGAAGAGGAGUGUCAAUCUAGUGAAUGCCAGGUGCUUUUUUUGGCUGGCUGAGAUACUGCUGAGGUCCUAUUCCUGACCAUUCCCUUCCUGUGUGGGGGAAAGGAUGGACAUAGUCAAUGGAGUAGGAAAUGAAUUUCAUGCCACUGUGGAUGAAAGAAAGCAGUGAAAGAGGGAAGCGAAAAGAAGUGUCUCGAUUUUUUCAGUCCAACAUUUCUGGUGUUAAUUCAGGCCAUAAAUGAACACUCAUUGGUGUAAAACACCAAGUGUUGGUUUUAAUAGCCAGAGUUAAACCAAAACCACGCCCAUUAUUAUCAGAUUUCCUAGCAUGCUCUAUUGCAGGUUCAUUUUUACUUGUUUCACCAUGCUAUGUUUUUGCAUGUACAUUAAUUAA